AUGCCCGAAUCUUGGUGUGUGACCUACCUUUCGACAUACCUCGUACCCAUUUCAGCUGUCACAAGCUCGCCUGCAGAGAAUUCGUUGCCUGGUAUCGAAUAUUCUACGAGCCUGGAUAUUUCUGUCACUUUGAAUCCCUCAUCAUCCCUGUCCUUCGUACCAGAUGUUACCUUGUCGGUAGCAACCACAGAGAUCGAAACAGCUCCACCUUCUUCCACUACAGGUCCCAGCACCCUGAACGAGCAAAUCGUAUUCCGUGUUGUUCCUGAUAUCCCGGACAAUAACCGAUUGCGGAGGCGGGCUCUUGGAGGGUUCGUCGGCUCCCCUUCAGAGAUUUGUGACAAUGCAAAUGUGUUCAACUUGGUCGAUGGGCAGCUCUUAGAAGGCAAUGUCCCCAUUUACUUCAACGGGGAGGACUACAAGGUGUUUAGUGGCCAGCGGGGGCCUGUUCCUAGUGGUGCCAUCACCAGAACAUUCUUCCGUGAUGGGGAUAUUCUUCGCUUCCGAAGCUCACGAAUCAUUCCGAUUGGGGAGGCCGGCUUCUGUCAAACCCCGUCAGAUGGUCUAGUCUAUAUCACCUUUUCGUCACAACCUGCUGGCUGCAUCGCCGUCCGACUCUCCGCUAUUGGAGGAGUCUCAACACUCCUGACAGAAAGCAAUCCUCCGGUUGUAACAACAGAGUCAAACGGGGUUGGAACGACAAAGAAUCCUAUUACACAGCCUAUCCCAUCAAGCACAUUCAGAUGGUCAAACAUUUCAUCUUCUUUUCAACCACCACCAGAGACCUCAAAGUCGUCCUUCGUUCCCUUUAGCACUUUCAUUUUUACCUCCGAUUCAAGCACCUUAGUAGAGGUAAUUUCCAGCACGGAGAUUGUUGAGCCAGAAUCCUCCAGCGCUCAAGAGCGCAUAUCAACCACCGAUGAUUUCCCAGCUUCUGAGAUCGGUACAACUACAGAGGAAGCCUCCACCCUUGAGAGUACGAUAAACGUCACUACGGAAGAGUCAACCACUAUCCCUACCACCCAGGAAACAACAGAUACUACUACUACCGAGGCUUUAACAACCAAGAGUACAACUCAGCAGACAUCAGACACUACUUCACAAGAGACGACGACGGAGAUCACCACUUCAGAGGAGACAACCGCAGAAACUGCCACUGAGGAAUCAACAACUGAGAACCCUACCACCACCACUUUCACAUCUGCUCUCGACUCAACGACUGAAACCACCACUGAAGCAGCCACAACAACCACGGCAGCUUCAGAGGACAUCGUAUGCCCUUCAAACCCUCAGCAGUGUAUUCGCACAUUCCAGAUUCAGUGCGACACGGUCAUUGGAGGCAUCCCUCUAACCUCCGGCACCAGCACCUUAGAGCAAUGUUCUCAAGCUUGUUUCAACGAUCCGAACUGUGUUAUCUUUACUCACUCUGGAACCCAAUGUUUCUCAACCACUGACUCUUCAAAUAACCAAGGCUCGUUUGCACUUCAAGGCUGGGUUAGUGGUAUUAGGUCAACUUGUUAA